AUGGGACCUUUCAAGGAUAUGGCUACUGUCCGAAUAUUGGUGGAGGAUGUGGAUGAACCGCCAGUGUUCACCAAAUCAGGAUAUGUACUUGAAGUCAUGGAAGACGCCAAAAUUAACACUCUUGUAGGAACAGUCACGGCCCAAGAUCCAGAUGCUGCCAGAAGCCCUGUGAAGUAUUCUGUGGAUCGACACACAGACAUGGAUAGGAUAUUCAACAUCGAUUCUGGAAAUGGAUCAAUUUUUACAUCCAAACCUCUAGAUCGAGAGUCGUUCUUGUGGCACAAUAUCACAGUAAUAGCUACAGAGAUCAGUAAUCCUAAAGAAAGCAGUCGUGUUCCUGUGUAUAUUAAAGUUCUGGAUGUAAAUGACAAUGCCCCGGAAUUUGCAACAGUGUAUGAGAUAUUCGUUUGUGAAAACGCAAAGGCAGAACAGAUAAUACAUACUGUGAGUGCAGUGGAUAAGGAUGAUUCAUACAGUGGACUUCGGUUUUCUUAUUCAUCAGCAGAUACCAACUUUACUGUCAAAGAUAAUGGAGAUAACACAGCCAGCAUAUACACUAGAAGAAAUGGAUAUAGUCGCCAUGAGAUGAAUACAUACCUCUUACCAGUGGUCAUUUCUGAUUAUGGGUUCCCUGUGCAGAUUAGCACUGGUACUCUGACCAUCCGUGUGUGUGCCUGCGACCACAAGGGUAACAUGCAGUCUUGUACAGCUGAAGCGCUAAGCCACCCCACGGGUUUGAGUACAGGAGCAUUGAUUGCCAUUCUCCUCUGCAUUAUAAUACUGCUAGUAACGGUGGUCCUAUUUGCUGCUUUACGACGACAGAGAAAGAAAGAACCGUUGAUUGUUUCUAAAGAAGACAUAAGGGAUAACAUUGUGAGUUACAAUGAUGAAGGAGGUGGAGAGGAAGAUACUCAAGCCUUUGAUAUUGGUACAUUGAGAAACCCUGAAGCCAUAGAAGACAGUAAAUUGCGCAGGGAUAUUGUUCCAGAAACACUCUUUUUUCCACGUCGAACUCCAUCGGCAAGAGACAACACUGAUGUCAGAGAUUUCAUCAACCAAAGGUUAAAGGAGAAUGACCUGGAUCCAACAGCUCCCCCUUAUGACUCCUUAGCAACAUACGCAUAUGAAGGCAAUGGUUCAGUGGCAGAGUCCCUAAGUUCCCUGGAAUCUGUCACUACAGAUGGUGAUCAGGACUAUGACUAUCUGAGUGACUGGGGACCACGUUUUAAAAAAACUAGCAGAUAUGUAUAG